AUCCCUAUCGUCUGUAAUCUGUUCACUCCACAUUUCUCUGAAAUCUUAUAUCCUCCAUUUUUUUCUUCGCCUCAGACCCAUAAAGCACGCAUUUUGCUUUCCCUCCUGCUAUGAACCAUCGGAGGAGCCUACUGGGGAGUCUUCGCCGGCAGCUUUAGCUUGGACAUCAGGGUGCUGGAGCUUGGCAUGCGAUUAUAGAGGUGUUUAUCAAAGGAUGAGCAGCAUGCAGAUAACUGCUACACAGAAUUCUAUUUGUUCUAGUAGAUCAAUAUGCAUUGCUUCUAAGUCAAUAUAUCCAUCAUUUCGAGCUACUCGCUCCCGUAGUGCUCUUGUGAACCUAAGUGCCAAUGCAUCUUAUUUCAAGCAAGGUCUACCAGUAUUGAAGUAUAAACAUCGGAGGGCUGGAUUAAAUCACCAGCAUACCCCAAUUGUUUCCUUAUUUGGUAGCAAGGGAAAGGAAAGUGGUGAUGGGGGUUCUCCGUGGAAAACUUUUGACAAAGUUGUUGAAAAUUUUAAGAAGGGGCGAUCAGUAGAAGAUGUAUUGCGACAGCAAAUCGAAAAAAAAGAGUUCUAUGAUGGUGGAGAUGGUGGCAAAAGACCUCCAAGUGGUGGCGGUGGCAGCGGGGAUAGCUCUAGCGGAUCUGAGGAUGAUAGCCUUGGAGGAAUUAUUGAUGAAACACUGCAAGUGAUUUUGGCGACCAUCGGCUUUAUUUUCUUGUACAUUUACAUCAUUAGCGGGGAAGAGCUGACCCGAUUAGCGAAGGAUUACAUAAAGUUUGUAUUCGGAGGAAGCAAGAGCGUCCGAUUGAAGCGAGCCAUGUACAAAUGGGGAAGGUUUUACCAGAAACUGACUGAGAAGAAGCAGUAUGAUGAAUACUGGCUGGAGAAGGCUAUUAUCAACACUCCAACUUGGUGGGAUCAUCCUGACAAGUACAGGCGUGCUGUAAUGGAUUAUAUGGAGUCCCAGUAUGAGAAUCAGCAUUCUGCAUCAAAUGUAAAUGAUGAUGCAGAAAUGGAUGUCUCAAAUUCUGACGAUGAAACAUAGUUCGAUCGACUUACUUUUUGUUGGUUUCUUUUAGAGAUUUUAGGGUGUUCAAAAAGUUGGAUGACUUGAAAAUAUUCCUCAACUGAAUCCCAUCUAAUACUGUUUGGGCUGGGUCAAAUAAAUGGAAAUUUUAUAAGUUGUAUUUGGUUUUGAAUUGAAUCGAACCUACAGGACAUAUUAUUAAUUUUAAAAUUACUUUUUUACUUA